CAAACGGUUAACUUUUACUCAACAACAACUAGUUUAAUUACAGGACAGUAAUAAAAAACUAUAAAAAAUGUAAAUUCGAUCUUAACAGUCUCAGCACACCGUUCGGUAGUUUACAUGUUAUAGAGUAAAGAUAAAUUCGUGUUAUUUAUCUGUAAAAAAAACUACAGCCGCCAUUUUGCUUCAGUUGGAUGCGCGCGAGGCGUAAACACGAGUUUAUAUUUCUUAAUGUCCAUGUCGUGAUGAACUUUGUGUUUUGUAGCCGUUCUAAACGUUUAUAAAGCAGUAUAGUGGUAUAAAGUAAACACAGAAGUGACAAACAUUUGCUUUUUGUUAGUUGUUUGGAUUUUGUGUCUCUCGGUGGGAAAGGCGCCCGUGCGCGCGGUGCAUCAUGGGAUUUGUGGUUCUUGUUUAGGGAGUCGCGGAGCCGCGGUCGGACUCUGUGUCUUCACAACCCGUGUGCGCGAUUCUUCUGCGGUCCUGCGCCUCCUCCUCCCGCCGCCCGAGGGGGGCUGAACACUCGGGGUAUUAGUGUGUGUGUGUGUGUGUGUGUGUGUGUGUGUGUGUGUGUGUGUGUGCGCGCGCGCGGGGUUUGGUGUUGCACUGCGGGUGUUAUUGUCCAUGCAGCAGGACACGAGACACCAGACAGGAGACAGGAGACAGGUGUGCUGUGGUGAAAUCCUGAAACGUCUGGACGCCGACACACACACACACACACACACACACGCACACACACACACACAUUUUCCUGCUCCAGCAUGAACACACAGCACAGAAAAUCGGAGAGAAGAUCGGACGCUGUACCUGGCAUGUGUGAUUGACAGGUCCUGUAUUGAGAGGAUCAGUGUGUGUGUGUGUGUGUGUGUGUGUGUGUGUGUGUGUGUGUGAGAGAGAGAUGGAUUGGAUGCGGGACUGGGUGCAGGCGGUGCGGGAGUGUGAGGGCGGGGCUCUGGGCACGGUGCUGUGUUUAACCGUGUUGUUUGUAUGGUACUGUUACCGUGUGGGAUGUGAACACGCCUCCUACACGCCUGAGUCUCGCACCAGCCCACCUGAACUGUCCUUUGCAAAGCUCCGCCCUACUGUGGGCGGAGUCAGAACAGGUGACGGGGUCAGCGAGGAAGAGCUGAAUGGCUUUGCAUACUGUCAGUCACCGGAGUGUUUCCGCUGUUCUCGUCCCGCGGACGGAUUCAACCAACGACUUUACCACAAUCUCCAGGACUACGCUAAACGCUACACAUGGGCAGGUAUGGGGCGUGUGCAUAAAGGUGUACGUGAGCAGGAUCGUUAUCGCCUGUGUAAUCGUCCGUCCAUCCAGAAGGCCGAGGUGUUCUUCCUGCCAGAUCUGCCCUCGGCUCCGUUUUUCUCCCGCGAUGCUCAGAAGCACGACGUGGAGCUGUUGGAGAGAAGUUUCCCGGCGCUGCUGGCCGAGUUCGAGAGCGUGUACCGCGCCCCCCCGGCGCUGGCACCCGGCUGGAAGGCUAACAGCAUGCCGCGCGGACACUGGUGGACCUUCUACCUGGUGAACCAGGGCACCACGCUGGGGCUGAACGCCCGCCGCUGCCCGCGCACCUGGAGAGUCCUGGGGCAACUGCGCACCUUUAUCUCCAACAACGUGUUCGGAAACGCCUGCUUCUCCGUCCUCAGCCCCGGAGCCACCAUCACCGAGCACUACGGCCCCACCAACGUCCGCCUGCGCUGCCACCUGGGACUGAAGGUUCCUCCUCACUGUGAGUUGGUGGUAGGUGGAGAGCCUCAGUGUUGGUCAGAGGGAAACUGUCUACUGUUUGACGACUCGUUCCUCCACACGGCCUUCCACGACGGAGCUCCAGAAGACGGACCCCGCGUGGUGUUCAUGGUGGAUUUGUGGCAUCCGAAUGUGGCAGCGGCCGAGAGACAGGCACUCGACUACAUCUUCACUCCGGGACGCUGAGAGAGAGAGAGAGAGAGAGAGAGAGAGAGAGAGAGAGAGAGAACGAUAGAUGAGUAACAGUGAAGCUGAUAACCUGCACAUUUUACUAUACAUACAUAAGUGUCACACUUCACUCUCUCCUGCGAUGAGGGAGGGAGGGAGGAGAGAGAGAGAGAGAGAGAGAGAGAGAGAGAGAGAGAGAGAGAGAGAGAGAUAAAGAGAGAGAGAGAGAACUGACAUGAAAAAACAAAUGACUUUUUUAUGUACAUGGAUAUUCCCAUAACAAAUUGCAAAGAUAGAUAGAUAGAUAGAUAGAUAGAUGGAUAGAUGGAUAGAUGGAUAGAGGAUAGAUAGUUGGAUGGAUAAAAGGAUAAACAGAAAGUUAACUACUUAAUACACUUUUUCUAUACAUGAGGAGAAACAGAGACAAUCCCAAACCACUCAUUUUAAUGUACAGAUUUUUACACUCUCUCAUUACAGGGUGGAAAGAUGGAUAGAAAGAAAAGGACUAAAUAAUGGAGAGAUAGAAGCUGUUACACACGCACCUUUUGUACACGAGUGUGUUUUGUGUGGUUCAGACAUUAGUGUGAGAGUAAAAGCACCUUCUUUAUAUUGAA